CAGCACCUCUAGCUGGUGGCACCGCACCUGUCCAUCUCAUCGAGCUGCUUGCCAUGAUGAGAGCACUGGCACUAGUGGCCAUGUUGACCACGGCCUUCGCCGUCGCCGCGCGCGCCGAGCAGUGCGGCUCACAGGCCGGUGGGGCGCUCUGCCCCAACUGCCUCUGCUGCAGCCGAUUCGGCUGGUGCGGCUCCACCUCCGACUACUGCGGCGCCGGCUGCCAGAGCCAGUGCAGCGGCUGCGGAGGCGGGGGCGGGGGCGGCGGCGGAGGCGGGGGCGGAGGUGGCAGCGGCGUCGCGUCCAUCGUGUCGCGGUCCCUCUUCGACCAGAUGCUUCUGCACCGCAACGACGGGGCGUGCCAGGCCAGGGGUUUCUACACCUACAACGCCUUCAUCGCCGCCGCGGGCGCCUUCAACGGCUUCGGCACCACGGGCGACGCGGACACCAAGAAGCGCGAGAUCGCCGCGUUCCUGGCGCAGACGUCGCACGAGACCACGGGCGGGUGGGCGACGGCGCCCGAUGGCCCCUACUCGUGGGGCUACUGCUUCAAGCAGGAGAACGGCGCCACCGCCGACUACUGCCAGUCCAGCGCCCAGUACCCCUGCACCCCCGGCAAGAAGUACUACGGCCGCGGACCCAUCCAGAUCUCCUGGAACUACAACUACGGUCCGGCGGGGCAGGCCAUCGGCGUUGACCUGCUCAACAACCCGGACUUGGUGGCGACGGACCCGACGGUGGCGUUCAAGACGGCCAUCUGGUUCUGGAUGACGGCGCAGUCGCCCAAGCCGUCAUGCCACGCCGUCAUCACCAGCCAGUGGAGCCCCUCGGGCGCCGACCAGGCCGCCGGGAGGGCGCCAGGGUACGGCGUGAUCACCAACAUCAUCAACGGCGGGCUGGAGUGCGGCCACGGCGCCGACAACAGCGUCGCCGACCGGAUCGGAUUCUACAAGCGCUACUGCGACAUCCUCGGGGUCAGCUACGGCGCCAACCUGGAUUGCUACAACCAACGCCCCUUCGGCUGAUCAACCAGAGUACAGCUACUACUUACACAAUAAGACAGAUCGAGCUCUCGAUCGAGCUAGAUGCAUGCAUGGCAACUCGAUCAGCAGUUACAAAUUAGACAGAGCUCAAGUCAAGUACACGAAUAAUAAUAUAAUAUAAUGAUCAGAGAAAUGAAAUGUGGAACUAACUCAUGCAAUUAAAAAUGCCAUUAUGUUAUGGAUACAAUAAAAACAGAUGCUUAAAUCUAGCCGCCCAAUACGAAAUCUUUGU